AUGUCAACAGACGUUAUUGUUCCUUGCCCAUCACACAAGGCCUCUCCAUUAGAGGGUCUACCAGUUGAACUUCUGUUCGAAGUCAUACCAUAUCUACAGCCGAGCUCCCUAUAUGCUCUUAUCAGCACGUGCAGAACUCUUUGCAAUACACUCCAGCAAUCCCUGUAUCACACGAUUGAUACUACCAAUACUACUGGCCGCAAGGUUACUUGGUCUGGUGAUAAUGGAUCAUAUCGCACUCGACAUAUCGACAAUAUUUUCCAUAGCGCCUGCCUUCGAAAUGAGUUUUCGAAGUUCAGAUGGGUCAGGGUGCUCGGGAUCACCGAUGAACUCUUAUUUAGAAGCUGCAUUGAUGAUCUCAACAACCAGCAGCUUGUUGCAUUCCGGAGGGCUUUACCGUAUAUGUCAGGUGUUCGGACCCUGAAAAUAUCAAUUAGAAACUGGCUUGAAGAAUUCAGAAUCAAUAGCUCUGCACCGGUGGAAGAUGUGCGUUUUGUUAUUUCAAAAUUGCCAUCACUUCGUUCCGUGGAGAUAUCCUCAAAAAGCUUGGAGUUUCUCACGGCAAUGUGUAAUUCAGAGGAGAUGAGGCAGGGAACCAUUUCAUCGAUCUCUGUUGAAACGGCCUGGAGCAGGAGUAAUCCUGAUUCAAUUGAGGCAUUCUAUGAUGUACUUGAGAGAAAUGGAAGAAAUCUUCGCACCCUCAAAAUUUCCGAUGAGUACACCGACAUUCUUGACGAAUACCCGCCCAACCGCCUUGAUGAUCACAGACUCUCUUUGGAGGGUCUAAGAUCUAUCGAACUUGUUGGGGGCCUCUUCUUCGUGCCUUCGAAUAUCAUCAACUACACUCACAUCGAUUCCUCUCCACCACCCCAAGAAUUCGAGGACCUUGCCAGUAGAACAGCCCUUCAAAGGCUCAAAAUACAAAGUGCAUUUCAGUAUCCUCAGGAAGAAUUUACCAAGAACUACAUUCCAGCCAAUAUCAAAUUUCACAAUCUCACAGUCCUCGAGUUGUGCGAUUCUCGAAACACUGAGUGGCAAGGCUUCGAUGUUGAGGGAGUCCAAUUGCUUCCCCGUGGUUAUCUUCACUCAGUAGUUGUUGCGAAUCCUCGUCUACGCGAAAUUAGUUGCCCUUGCAUUUCGGACGAAACCUUACGCGUCCUGGCUGAGCCAACCCGGGCCUCCAAUCUGGAGGCAUUGACGAUAUACUUUCCGUACUCGGGUGAUAUCGAAGUCCCUUAUACCGCCGCAGGAAUUGCCACUCUAUCGGCAUGCUCACGGCUAAAAACACUCCGCUUCCACAUCGGUGCUAUGAAGCCUCACCCCAAGGCAGUAGAAUCGCUGUUGAGAGGUAGUGAAAGACUGGAAGAAAUAACCGUUUUCCAUUCGUUACGGGCUGGCAACGGCUACAUAGAUGCGGAGCAGAAACCGAUAGAAGCGAUCAGGAGGGACAUUUUAAGUGCUCUUUUUGGACCUACGUUUUGUGAUAGAGAAUGGGGGCAAGAAGACUGGCAGAAAUGGGAUUCAGAUAAGGAUGACUGGUUGUAUAAUGGUAACGGUUAA